AUGUCGGUAAUCAACCUAUCUGCUGUUAUAAUUACUAUAACAUUAGAAUUUGAAUUUGAUCGGAAAACAACAAACCAAUUAUGUAGAAGAAUAAAGACAGGCCUGAAUCGAGAAGUUAUUAUUCAUGAAACAGAUAUAGAAUCAGCAUUGGACUUAUCUUCUUCAAUGCAAGUUGAAAUUCAUUAUGGUCCAUUUGCCAUCAAUUUAAAAGCUGGCUUUAGUUGUGAGUUAGAUGGAGGAUCGAUUGUAUGUGAAGCACCUUCUGCAACAAUCAAUCAUAUGUAUAAAAAAUUUACAAAUAAGAAAGGAACAGAAUAUUCAGGGAAUGUCAUAUUAGGAUUUGAUAAUUUAGAAGUGACAAAUGAAUUAUUGAAAGAUUGCACAAAUUGGGAUGGUGCUGGUGAAGGAUUUUUCUCAUCUUUCGCAUCAAGAUUCAAAUUAAUGUCAUGCCAUUUUGUGCAAAAGAUUGCAUAUUGUUAUUAUAUAGACUUUAAAGAUCAUCAACAAUUUAAAAUAUCAACUACUCACAUUAAAAUUCCUUGA